AUGGCUCAGGGGAUAAUAAAGAUCAAUCUCGACGGGGCCUUUCCCAGUGGACACCAUGAAGGCGCGAUAGCUAGUAUUGCUCGGGACUCUUCUGGCAGUUUGCUUGGAGGAUUCGUCCGCACUGUUAGGGCUCGAUCUGCCUUUGAAACAGAGACCCAAGCUCUGUUAUACACUCUUCGGGAGCUAUUACAGAAAGAACAGAUGGAAGACUACCUCAUCAUUGAGUCGGAUAAUCUCAUCCUAGUUGAGGCCAUCAACGGAUGCCGCGAACCACCAUGGGAUUGUCGAGCUUUGUUGACUGAGUGUGUAGCCUUGAAGACGCUGUUCUCCAAUCUGAGCGUGCUGCACUACCGAAGGGAAACAAAUGCCCUAGCUGACUGGGCCGCGAAGGCCCAUGGCCGAGGAAACCUACCACACAACUGGGCUUCUUCUCCCCCACAACUUAUGUUGGACUUACUCUGUAUUGAUGCCUUGUUUAAGGGAUGUACCUUUGCUCACAUAUGA